AUGGCCCCUGGGAAACCAUCAGACCAUGUCCAUGUGGUUCACGGAUCAGGAGGUUUCUCUAUGUCAUCGGGCGAGACGGCCCUGAAAAAUGCGGAUUGUACCUCAUGCGGGGUGACUCAAGACAAGUCGGCUUACUGGGCCCCCGCGCUAUACUUCAUGCAUGAGAAUGGCGAUGCUGAGCUUGUCAACGAAGUGGGCGGGAUGCUUGCUUACUACUUCCUGAAUGGACAGAAUGUGACGGCAUUCCCUGAGAACUUCCGUAUGAUUGCCGGCGACCCAUUCCUACGCAACUUCCCUUGGCCAGUUCCCGACCCUCCAAAGUCCGAAUGGUCUGGCAAUCAAUCCUCACAGGACGCUCUUCGCCAGAAAGCCCUUGGUUUCAACUGCUUAAACUACAACAAGUCUCCUGAGCCGUCGCUGGGCCGCCACUUCCUGCCAAACAAGACCUUCCUUGAUGAGCAUUGUACUGAUGGCGUCCGAUUUGAAUUGAUGUUCCCUUCAUGUUGGAACGGCAAAGAUGUUGACUCGGAGGAUCACAGGUCGCACAUGGCCUACCCAUCCCUAGUCAUGGACGGAGUUUGUCCGGAAGGCUUCGAGACCCGCCUUGUGUCGCUCUUCUAUGAAACUAUCUGGGACACCUAUGCGUUCAAAAACAAGCAGGGAACUUUUGUCCUUGCAAACGGUGACCCAACUGGAUACGGCUACCACGGAGACUUCAUCUACGGCUGGCAAUAUGGGUUUCUCCAACAGGCAGUAGAUGAAUGCACCAACCUGUCUGGUCGGGUGGAAGAUUGUCCCAUAUUUGAUCUUCAGACAGAUACCGAGCAGGCUCAGUGUAACUUCACCAUGCCAGAGGAGCUGAAAAGCGAGAACGUAUACCUUCACAAGGGUGGCCUGCCGAAUAACAUCGCCAUUCAGUAUGGACCUGCGUAUGCAAGCCCAGUCCGGUAUACCAACGCUGGCCAUCAUACCUCGGCGAUAUUGCCUGAGCCAAGCAUUGCUAUCGGUGCUUCUCUUAACGGUGCUACUGUUGAUCUCGGAAAUAUUCACAUUGGAGUAACGCUGGGUGCGGGUGCCCCUUCUACUACUACUACGACUUCAAGUACUCUCUCGACUUCAACUCUCCCAUCUUCGACACAAACUUCAACCUUGACCACUUCAGCAGCUUCAGCUUACUUUUUCCAAACCAGCACGUCAACUACACCAACCAGCACCUGGACACCUACUCCUACCACAUCUUAUGUUGAAGGUGUUGUCACUCAAAAGAUCGUAUACGUUGAGCAGGAGAUCCUCAUCCUCACGGAUGAAAACGGAGCACCUGUCACAACAGAGACGGGUGGAAUCGAGACAGUCUCCACUUCUACAUCUACUGUGAACAAGAUUGUAUCAACAGUCGUGACCACGCCAACCGAGGCCCCUGCUAAGCGUGAUGGUCAUAGCCAUGGGCAUUUCCAGCAUGUCCAUAGGCGUCAUCGUCACGGACAUGCUCAUCGGUGA